AUGGACCAUCUUAGCAAAUUAACCGAAUCCACGCUGAAUAUUUCCAUCAAUCCAUGCGAGUUGAGUCCGGAGCAGAAAAUCGAGCUGUGCAAGUCAUUUGCAGAGGAGAUCAUCCAGGAAGAUGAGCUUUUGAAGCUUUUUAGCUCCUCUAAAGGCCCGCUCACCGCAUAUGACGGUUUCGAACCGUCCGGGCGAAUGCACAUUGCUCAAGGGCUGUUAAAAACAAUCAUCGUCAAUAAAUUGGCAAAAUGCGGCGUCAAUUUCGUCUUUUGGGUUGCGGACUGGUUUGCUCUGCUCAACAAUAAACUUGACGGGGAUCUCGGCAAAAUCCAGGAUGUCGGCCGCUACAUGAUCGAGGUUUGGAAGGCCGCUGGAAUGUGCAUGGAUUCUGUAAAGUUUCUCUGGUCUUCUGAAGAAAUUUUGAAGCGCCCAGAUGAAUAUUGGUCUUUGGUCUUUGACAUUGGAAGGAAAAAUUCUCUAAAAAGGGUGAUGAGGUGCACCCAGAUCAUGGGUCGCUCAGAAUCAGAUGACCUGUGUGCCUCCCAAAUCUUUUACCCCGUUAUGCAGUGUGCAGACAUUUUCUUCUUGAAGGCCGAUAUUUGCCAGCUCGGUAUGGAUCAACGAAAAGUAAAUAUGCUUGCAAGGGAAUAUUGUGAUUCCCAGAAGAGCCGUGGUCAGAUCAAAAAACCAAUUAUUCUAUCUCAUCACAUGAUGCUGGGGCUCGGCGAAGGCCAGGAAAAAAUGUCCAAGUCCGUCCCUGGAUCGGCGAUCUUUAUGGAAGAUUCUCCCGAGGAUGUUAACUCAAAGAUCAAGAAGGCAUUUUGCCCAUAUGGCGUGGUCGAAAAAAACCCCGUUCUUGACUACUACAAAACCAUUGUUUUUCCGCUGACCCCAGUAGUUGUUAUUAGCGGAAAAGAUAAGGAAAACAAGGAAUUUUUCAAAGAAUAUCGCAGCUACGCCGAUUUCGAGUCGGACUUUAAGGCAGACAUCAUUACGCCAAAAGAUGUCAAGACAUACUUGGCCCUCCGAAUCAACGAGCUUCUUAGCCCAAUACGAGAACAUUUUGAGACCAAUGCAGAAGCUAAGGCCUUGCUUGCUCGCAUCAAAAAGUUCAAUGUCACUCGCUAG